AUGUCUACAAACACACAGCCCAACACUCCCGCGCAAUGGCAGAAAUUCAGCCAGCUGAAGCCGGUGGACGAUAUCCCAAACCACGAGUCCAAGGAUGAAGAUAACACAAUGGGACCAACUUACCGUUCAAUCUUUUUGGACGGAACACCCAUCCUACAGCAGCUCCCAGGCUACUGUGAGAUCUACACCGAUAUCCUCGCAUUGACCGAGCCCGAGAUCCAGAUAUCGGCCGAUGAAUUGACCGACCUCGAAAUCAAUGCCCGGGUGAUCACCGCCGACCAGCCCGUCCAUCUCAAGAUGUCCACGCGUGGAGCCAAAAAGUGUGUUAUGGUGAUCUAUGCCGCUGUACUCGAUCAGCCGAUCAGCGUUUCAAUCGAGGGCGAUCAGCACACGGAGCUGGAGCUGGGAGUGGAUUCCGGCUACCUGCAAGCGGAGAUCAAGUUCGACGAGGGCCAGCUGGAGGUCUCUUACACCUUCCUGGACACGGAGCUGCGCGUCGCCCUCGCGGUCUGCUGGUCAUCGCCCGCUGUCGCCAUCUUGAUCUGCUUGUUUGUGGCCAAGUCGGCGGCCACCGCGGGCUCGCAUGCGCUGUCCCAGGCCCAAGCCGUGUCCCUGGGCCAGCAAUUGGCGGCCCAUGCCAUGACCGGUCCCGACUCCUACUUUGCUCCGACCCUCACCUUCGACGAUUUUGUCGUCACGCUGGAGUCCCAGCGACAGGCCGCCGAGAAUUUUCAGCACCAAUACAAGGCCUUCCAGGCCGCCGAAGACCGAGUCGAUAACGCCAAGGCAGCCGGGCAAACCCUUCUUGCAACCUCACAGGCCUUGGAUAAAUACCAGGCGGCAGCAGCUACCGUCGACGCCUGUGACAAGCUGCUCAGUGAUGAUGAAGAAGACCUGAGACAUGCAAAAGACCGGUUCAAAACCGGUCUUAAUGAGUGGAUAAGGAGGCAGACCUUCCUGGCCAUCUGCACAAUCCUUGGUGCUGUCUUCCAAUUUGUGACCGGAAUCUACGCUGUCGGGAAGGGGUCGGGCGACCCAGGCGCGGUCGAAAAAAUCGUUGAUGACGUUGAGAAGACCGAAAAAGCGGCAGGGGCUGCGGAGGAUGUUAUCCUUGGCUCCAAAGCCUUCAAGGGGCUGUGGGAAUAUACCAAAGCAUUGGGGAAGCUGUAUCCCCACAUUUCCGAUGUCGUCUCUGCUGUGGGCAAGAUCGACCGUCUAGGAGAUCAUGAUAAGAUUGACCUUCCGAUCUUGGGCGGCGAUGUCUCCGGCUCCGAUGGGACUGAUGCAGACACCAGCUUGAUCAUGAGUCUGGCCACUUGGGAUGAGUGGGAUGAGUAUCGCUUGACCCUGCGCAAACAUGCGGUUCACGGCCGCGCAUUGGCCCAGGCCCAGGCCGAGGCUGUCAAGCAAGGUCAGGAAUAUGUCCAGGCCAUCCUCAUGGUGCUCCAAGCCAACCGCGACAUCGAGGCUAUCGAUGACCUGCUAGCCCACUACAAGGAAGAGAAAGAUCUGCAGACCACGCUCGCCAUUCAGUUGCAAUAUGCGGUUGAUGCCUGUCGAUUCUACACCCUGAAAGAACCCGCAGUCAUCCUGGACUCACAGAUGUCUGUGGAUGAUAUAACCAACUGCAUUGUAGAUCUGCGGGGUGCGAUGCAAGAUUUAGCAUCCAAAUUUCCUGAGAUGGUGAUUGCCGGCCUGAAGAGCAGUGAGCAAGGGUAUAGUGCCACGUUCACGCUAUUGCCCAUGCCAGGCGCUAACUAUGACCCCGGCCCGGAAAACUACGCAUACCCCUUCACAGGGGGAUUCUACUACCGGCUGAAUGGGCUGGAGCCGCGCCUGAUUGGUGUGAAACCGCUGCCCGACGCGGUGCACGAUGGCCGCGCGCUUGUCAGGUUCCGCAUUGAAAUCUCCAGGAUCUAUUCGGAUCUCGGGUAUGACCCUGAUACGAAGGAAACCAAGGUCUGGUAUUUUAUUGACGAGUCGGGCGCUUGGCUCCGCGACAGGGAGCGAGCCAUGUAUGAUGACCACGAGCACGCGCAACCUCUGCCCUUUAUACUCUGGAAGCUCACUCUUGAAAACCCCGAAGACCUGGAUUUGAGUACACUGGACAAACUGGAGCUACACUGGGACGCAUUCUACUGGCCGGUCUUCUCAUUAUGA